AUGGAGAAUGUAACAUAUAAAAAUAAUAAGUCUGAACGAAACAUUGAAAAGUCAAGUUCCAUCAAUAUGAUCAGUGUAACUACAUGUUUAUUUUUUAUGGUUUUUGUAUCAUAUGUUGUAUCAAAAAAUACAACGGAUAUAAACAUUGAAGUCUAUAUUCCACAAGGUGAUAAAUUUUCAGCUAGUCCACUAGAAGCAAUUAUUCCUUGUUCAGAAAAUCUUUCUGUUGAAGAAGCAAUGAAACAAGCUUUUACACAAAAUCUUAUAUAUACAGCAAAAUGGGGUGCAAAAAUGAAAAAUGGUACAAUUCUUCAAUCAUAUUAUGUUGAUAGUAUUAAUGGUGCUUCAAACUUUAAUCAUCCUUAUAAUGAAACAUUAAGUCGAUUUUGGUUUGUUUGUAUUAAUAACUCUGACCUUGAUGUAGGUAUAUCACAAAAAGUAUUGACAUGUGGUGAUCGCAUUACUUGGUAUUAUAUUCAAUAUCGACAAGGUUUAUGUCAAACAUAA